AUGGCAACCACACAGUUUUAUUGCCGACAACCAAAGUCGAUAGAGCUGAUAAACGGCCAACCUCAGUUUGACUCGAAGUUCGAGACCACCACUGAAAAGCCAGAUUGCAAGGCAUCCCAGUAUUCCCCCAGUGGGAAGAUAUUUGCAUUUUCCGAGCCCCAGUCUGUGGUUUUGGUGGAUGUCAACACGGGUGCGAUUGUGAAAAAGAUCGAGGUACAGGACGUUUUCGACCUCCUAUUCUCGCCGCUUGGUUCUUACCUGUGCACUUGGUCCAAACCUAUUAAGAACGAGUUUGGUAACUGGAAUGAUAACGUCAAGAUCUGGAGAAUCCCAAAAGAAGACCCUACGGAUGUGAAACUGAUCACUGAGUACAGUUCCAAGAAUCAGACCGGCUGGUCACCACAAUUCACGGGCGAAGAAACCUUGAUGACGAAGGUUUUGAACCAAUCAGAGAUUGGUUUCUACAAGCUUGGAGCUGACACUAUUAAGCUGGACAAACCUGUUGAUACUCUAUCGGUGAAAGAAAUUGGAAAAAUUCAGUCGUUCAACGUUUCACCGGGGAAGAACCCUUCGGUUGCGAUUUUCAUCCCAGAACAGAAGGGACAACCUGCUAGUAUUCGUGUCUACUCUGUGACAAACUUCAAGAAGCCUGUUUCCCAGAAACAAUUCUUCAAGGGAGAAAGGUGCCAGUUCACAUGGAAUGCCCUGGGAACCUCUCUUUUGGCUCUCGUUUCCACUGAUGUGGACUCAUCUAACAAGUCUUACUACGGUGAGACAACCCUUUAUUUGCUGGGAAUUGCUGGCUCUUUUGACCAAAGAAUCACCCUGAAUAAAGAAGGUCCAAUUCACGACCUUGCUUGGAGUCCUACCGGAAGAGAAUUUGGUGUGGUCUAUGGCUACAUGCCCGCAAAGACUACAUUUUUUGACUCCAGAGGUGACUCGAUAUUCUCCUUUCCCGAGGAUUCGAGAAAUACCAUCCUCUUCUCUCCUCAUGCCAAAUACGUGUUGGUGGCCGGGUUCGGCAACCUCCAAGGUACUGUUGACAUCUACGACCGUCAGGACAAGUUUGCCAAGAUCACAUCGUUCCAGGCCUCCAACACUUCGGUUUGCAAGUGGUCUCCGGAUGGACGCUACAUCUUGACUGCUACCACUUCCCCAAGGCUCAGGGUUGACAACGGUGUUAAGAUCUGGCAUGCCUCCGGGAAGCUAUGCUACGUCAAAGAACACACCGAGCUAGUGAGUGUGAACUGGCUGCCCCAAGAUCUGGCUCUUUUCCCUGGCAUUAAGAAGACAGAGAUUGCAUGCGAGCCUCACCAAUCGGCUGUUGAAUAUUUGGCUAAGAGGAACAAGAGCUCAGGAAAUGCGUCUGGAGUAGCCAAACCAAGUGGAGCAUACAGACCUCCCCAUGCAAGAAACUCUGCUGCUCCAGCCCAGUCCACGACGUUAUGGCAGAAGGAAAAACUAAUGAACGAUGCUAGUCAGCCUCAACCAAUGACUUCAUCUCAACUGGCAUCCCAGCCCAGGCAGAAAGUCAUCCCAGGUGCUAAGCCAGUUCUACCACCGGGAUUGCCCAUUGAAUCCAAGGCAGCAUUGAAGAACAGAAAGAAGAGACUGGCUAAGAAAGAAAAGGAAUCUACCGCUUCUCCAGAAGUUGAGAGUGCACCAGAAGUUCCUCAACUUGACACUCUCGUUAUUGGUGGUGUCUCGUCUUUAGAGGAUAAGAAGAUCCGGUCCUUGUUGAAAAAGCUGAGGGCCAUUGAGCAGCUGAAAGCGAAGCAGAUCGACGGGGAACAUCUAGAAGACACCCAGGUUUUGAAGAUCGAGACGGAGCCAAAGGUCAGAGCUGAGUUGACAUCUCUUGGUUGGAGUGAGUAG